AUGAUGCGACCGAUGUAUGUACACGUGCAAAUAUCCAUUAUGGUCAGCUCAACGGUUUUUGAAGAUAAAAAGCACGCGAGUGUUGAAUAUGAUACAGUUGUAUAUAAGGAUGUGUGCUACGAACCACUAGGCUGUUUCUCUACUGAUCCUCCAUUCGGCGGUCCGGAGAGACCAUUGGUAAUGCUUCCUCAGUCGCCGCAAAAAAUGCAGACAAGGUUUAUCCUCCACACGAGACAGUCUAAAGACCCACAGUAUCUCGAUGCCGUGAACUCGAGAGACGCCCUGGAUGUAUUGACCAACUUUCAACCAAGGCUUACCAUUUUCAUCAUCCACGGUUUUCUGGAUACAAUUAGAACUAAGACAUGGAUGAAGGAAAUGACAAAGGAACUGCUGUUGCACGGGGAUUAUAAUGUGUUUAUCGUCGAUUGGUCUGGGGGCAAUUUUUUUCCUUACACCCAAGCCACAGCCAACACCAGAGUUGUCGGCGCUCAAGUGGCCUAUUUGGCCAACUAUCUCAUUAGUUCUGGAAACAUCACAGCAGCAGAUGUUCAUAUCAUAGGACAUAGUCUUGGUGCUCAAACAGCUGGCUAUGCCGGAGAGAGAAUCCCCAGAUGUGGUCGAAUAUCUGGUCUUGACCCGGCUGGGCCAUUAUUCGUAGGAACACCCACAGAGGUACGAUUGGAUCCAAGUGACGCAGUGUUUGUCGACACCAUACAUACAGAUAUGCCCUACACUUUAAGACCCAGUCUUGGGACGACAGAUGCAAGCGGCCACGCCAACUUCUACCCCAACGGAGGGCACGACCAGCCGGGAUGUGGACUGACAUCAUCUGUCAUACAGGAUAUAAUGUUCUGUGAUCUUUUUCGUCUAGGUAUUGAUGAAACGAUCACUUGCAGCCACAUCAGAGCCCACCAGUUAUAUUCCGAGAGCAUCAAUUCUCCUUGUCCGUUCACUGCCUUCCGGUGUGCCAGUGAGGCAGACUUUAAGGCCAAACGGUGCCAGGGCUGCCAGAAUGCGGACUGUUCGCGUAUGGGAUUCCACGCUGACAAAUUCAAACCUCCCCCAGGACAGAUCUUCUCCUACUUUCUGAGAACAGCAGACAAGCCACGUUUCUGUCGUAA